AUGGUCUUCGGCACGCCAGUUCUCAUGAUGUGCCUGGCAAGACCGUUCCCGCAGGAGGUACUGGCGGCGUUGACCCUGCUGACAUCCGCCUUCGUCUACUCGAACACGCUGUAUAUGUUCAUCUUUGCCGGGCUUGGGCUACGAAGGAUGCUUGCGCAGUCCAAGCUUGAUCCGGCCAGCAUCUGUGAAGCCUACACCGCCGACUUGCCGUCCACCCCAAGCGGCAAGAGCGGCUUCCAAAGGCCCAGCUUGGACCCUAAAACCGUGAAGCAUUGGAUCAUCUUGCCGCAAUACAAGGAGGACAUCGAGACGGUGGCGUUGUCGAUGAAAUCUGCGGCCAGCAGUUGCUAUGCGAAGUCGUCCAUCAGCAUCUUACUGGCUAUGGAGGAAAGAGAGACAGAUGCAGAAGACAAAGUCAAGCAGCUCACGGAGCAGUUCAAGGAUCAGUUUGAAGACAUCAAGGCAAAUUACCAUCCGGCAGACCUGCCCAAUGAUCCGCCCGGCAAAGCGAGCAACGUCAGUCACGCCUUUCGAUACUUGCUCAGCCAGGUGCACUCCUUGGAGAACACCGUUUUGACGGUGGCGGAUGCGGACUCGGAGUUUGGCCAAGGCUACUUCGAGACCUUGUCCUGGAAGUUUGCGGAGUGUGAUCCGACAGAGAGAUACACCAAAAUCUGGCAAUCGCCAGUUUUCCACAUGAAGAACUACCAUCGCCAGCCGGCCCCUGUCGUGGUGGGCACCAUGUUCACUUCCAUGCAGGAGCUUGCCGGACUUUCGGACCCCAGUGCCGUGCGCUUCCCUUACUCCACCUACUCCUUGUCCGUGGCAUUGGCCAGGCAGGUGGGCGGCUGGGAUGUGCAGUGGAUUGCGGAAGACUACCACAUGGGGAUCAAGUGCUUCCUGAUGACUUUGGGCAAGACCACUGUGGAGCCGGUGAUGACGCCAAUGAUGAAUUAUGUUCCCGAGGACGAGAAAGGCGACUGGUAUGGUACUUGCAUGGCACGGUGGGUCCAGCUGAAGCGGCACGCUCUGGGCUUCUCCGACUUCUCCUACUAUUUCAUGAUGCUGCCGCUUGUGUUCAGCUACUCGACUUCGAACGUGGGCCAGAACACCGAGGGCCUUCAGGGCUUCUGGCGCAUGCUGAGCUACGGCACGACCUUGCUUAUCCGUCUGGUGAACGUUCACGUGCUCAUCGGAGUUCUGUCCACCUAUGGCGCCAUGGAGGCAGCGCUGAAGCUGAUCAUCAGAACUUUCUUCAGGUUUGAUCGGUGGCCUGAUUUCCUGUUCUUUCAUGUCGGAGUUUUCCCGAAGUACCUCAUGAUCGUGACGGUGGUGUUCACCAUCUUUGUGUCCAUCGUCUUCUUCAUGACGUAUGAGGUCUUGCUCAAGAAGCGCGUGGAGGGUCAGGCAAGUCAUGGUCGGUUCGUGCACUGGCUUCAGAAUCUGGCAGGCUUGGCCCUGGGCUCACCCAUCUACUUCGUAAUGCUGGGCUACGCCAUCUGGCGGGCAGCACUCAUGGUGUUGACCCAGCGGUCAUUUGAAUACCACGUGGCGCCCAAGCCGAAGAAGGCGGACGCUUCCCAGAGCUCUGAGUCUGAAGAAGGACACGACCCCAAGAUGGCCUAG